CUUGUAUCAACACUUAACGUCAUUUUCAAUAUGGCGGCGCAGGUCAAAAGGUCGUAGGGGAAAACGUCAGAGUUCCGUAUCUAGUGUAAACAAUAUGGCCGCCGUGAUAACGUCGAAGAAAGAUGUGAAGUUCUGAACUUGUUUUGAUACAGUUUUACACGAUUUUAUUAUACUUUACCUUUUAUAUAUUUGACAUUUGAUACAAUUUUACCUUUUAUAAUGGAUACUACUGACCAAAACACUUCUUUAGAUGAUUUUUUAACCUGGAAAGUGAGUGCUUUGCGAGACUACCUGACCAAAAGAGGUUUUACGAAAGACGGUACAAAAAGUGAAUUGGCGGCUCUUUGCUAUUCGGCAUCUGUUUUAAAAAUUGAAAUCAUUCCAUCUUCUUUUGAAAUUAUAAAAAGCAACCAACUAGAUUAUCAGAACUUGCUAAAAAUAAACGGUCAAGUUUUAUCAGAUCCACUUAAGAUCCAUGAUAACUGGUUAGAUGAGAAAAAUGGCAUGAAGAAAUUUCCACCAGUCUAUAUAUCUGACAUUGUCAAGUACUUGAGUGAAAAAAAUACAUCUGGUAAAAUGAAAGAGAUUCUCCAAGACUAUAAAAUUGGCAAGGCUUAUGAAUAUUUUAAGAAUGGAUUCUUGCAAGAAAUAUUCUACCAUAACAUUGAUGCAAGAUCCAAGUACUGUUUUCUUAGAGCCAAAUGUGUGCCUUCACAAAAAAUAAAAGAAGAAGAACAUGACGUCUGGGUGUGUGUUGAGAAAGCAACAGGAGAAAUUGGAUCAUCAUACUGCACAUGCACAGCAGGCUUGGGUGGAACAUGUAAUCAUGUGGCUGGACUCCUUUUCCGAGUUGAGGCUGCAAACAAACUAGGCGCAUCUGCAUGUACUUCACUUCCCUGCACAUGGAAAGUACCAUCAAAAAUAAAGGGAGUGAAGCCAACCAAAAUUAAAGACUUAAGAAUUAUCAAGUCAAGACAUGGACAAUCAGAGUCAUUAGAACUGAGGAAAGGAGAACAGUAA